UCAGUCAGUACCGCGCGAUCUGUGUAUGCCGUGAGCGUUGCGCAGCCACAAGACCCGGACGUGUGCGAGAAGGGAAACCUGUUGCGUGCAGUGCGAGAAUCCCGUGCGUGAUGUUAAAGGGGGCGCGUACCGGCCCCGUGGACAUUACAGCGCGUUGAUAAGGCGCAGAAAACGGACAACUGUAACAUAAUGGGGUUGACGAUGUCGAAGGAGGCCCUGACGGGCGGCGAACCGGACCGGACGGACGGCGGUCGGUUGCACGGGAGACAGGCCAGCAUCAGGCAGAGUACCAUCAGGCCUAAGGCCAAACAGCCGAUGCCCGAACCAAACGAACUCGAACGUAGAUUCACCAAAGUCCUGGCCUCAAUGGACUUGCCGCCCGAUAAGGCAAAACUGCUGAAAAGUUACGACUCAGAAAAGAAAUGGGAUAUUAUCUGUGAUCAGGAAAUGGUUCAUGCGAAGGACCCACCCUCCUACUACCUUAACAAAUUACGCACAUAUCUGGAUCCGAAAGCGUCAAGAAGUCAUAGGAAAAGAAAAAUGGUCGUUGAGUCCACGUCAACGCAGGUCCUCAGGGAUUUGGAAAUAUCUUUACGUACAAAUCACAUAGAAUGGGUUAGAGAAUUUCUGAAUGAGGACAACAACGGUUUGGACGUGCUGAUAGACUACCUGAGCUUCCGGCUGGGUAUGAUGAGGCACGAGCAAAGGAUAGCCGAGUCAAUAUCGGGGUCGGAGGAGAAACUGAAUCCAAAUGCCCACAGCACGCUCAACAGUACCGCCCUGGACCGGACAAACGGGCACAUCCGGACGCCGCUGGAGAUACCGGACAGUCCGAGUAUCAAGAGGCGAUCCAAGCACGUGGCCAAACUCAACAUGGGGGAGUCCAAGGACGAUAUACACGUGUGCAUUAUGUGCAUGAGGGCGAUCAUGAAUAACAAAUACGGUUUUAAUAUGUUAAUACAACAUAGAGAAGCCAUAAACUGCAUAUCGCUGAGUCUCAUCCACAAAAGCCUGCGAACGAAGGCUUUAGUUCUGGAACUGUUGGCUGCCAUAUGUCUUGUGAAGGGAGGACACGAAAUUAUCCUUUCGGCCUUUGACAAUUUCAAAGUCGUCUGUCACGAGGAACAUCGGUUUCAAACUCUAAUGGAUUACUUCCUCAACUUUGAAGUCUUCCAUAUAGAAUUCAUGGUUGCCUGUAUGCAAUUUGUAAAUAUCAUCGUCCAUUCCGUAGAAGACAUGAACUUUCGAGUUCACUUGCAAUACGAAUUCACUGCCUUAGGUCUCGACAGUUAUCUGGAAAAACUCAAGUUUACCGAAAGUGAAGAGCUUCAGGUGCAAAUCUCCGCUUAUUUGGAUAAUGUUUUCGACGUUGCCGCCUUAAUGGAGGACAGCGAAACGAAAACUGCUGCCCUAGAAAAAGUUGGAGAACUGGAAGACGAAUUAGCACAGAUGCAUGAACGAAUGCAACAACUAGAACAUCAAGCUUUGGAACAGAUAGCAACGUUACAAACGGAGAUGAUUCGUAUAUCAAAAGAAAGAGAUGACCUUCUAGAAGUGAAGAAGAAGACAGACGAGGAAGUGUCGACGCUGAGGCGAGUGGUACAACACCACGAACAAGAAUCCAAGAAUCGACAGUCCAUGUUUGAAUCGAAAAUAGCCGAACUCGAAAACGUUAAGAACGUUCCGAAGAGCUCCUCAGUAACCGGUAUCUGUAGUUUGCAAGACACUACUACAGAACCGACGAAACCGGAGCCAGUGGUUACGGUGGCACCGCCGCCACCCCCAGCUCCUGCCGCACCCCCACCGCCACCUUGCCCGCCGCCACCGCCACUCCGAGGUGUCCCUCAGGCUCCCAUACCACCACCGCCGGCCGGUUUAAUGCAGGCGCCCGAGGGAGCAAUGACGAUCAAACGCAAGGUACAGACCAAACAUAAGCUGCCCACCAUCAAUUGGAUAGCGCUGAAGCCGAACCAGGUUAGGGCCACGAUAUUCAACGAGAUGGACGACGAUCGGCUACACUCUUGCAUUGAUUUCAACGAUUUCGAGGAGAGGUUCAAGAUAGGCACAGGCCUGCUCGCCAAUGGGGUUUGUGAUAAUACGGACGGCUUGUCCACGUAUCCCAGCAAGAGGUUCAAGAAGCCUGAAAACGUCUCUCUACUGGAGCACACCAGAUUAAGGAAUAUCGCCAUUUCAAGAAGAAAGCUGGAAAUGACGGCAGAACAAGUCAUAAACGCAAUAAACAUGUUGGAUCUUAAACAACUGUCUUUGGAGAACGUGGAGCUGUUACAACGAAUGGUGCCGACGGAGCAAGAAAACAAACUUUACAAAGAGUAUGUGGCCGAAAAGAAAAAUAUUAACCUCCUGACAGAAGAAGAUAAAUUCCUACUACAGUUAACCAAAGUGGAGAGAAUAUCUGCGAAAUUAUCUAUAAUGAGUUACAUUGGCAAUUUCUUCGAUAAUCUCUAUUUGAUUACACCUCAAAUACAUGCAAUAAUUUCUGGUUCAAACUCUGUGAAAAAUUCGAGAAAACUGCGAUCAGUUUUGGAGGUGAUUUUGGCGUUUGGAAACUACUUAAACAGUAGCAAGCGCGGGCCCGCUUACGGUUUCAAGCUCCAAUCACUAGAUACUCUGCUGGACACCAAGUCAAACGAUAAACGCACAUGCCUUCUGCACUAUAUUGUGGCGACCGUACGCCAAAAGUUCCCGGAAUUGCUCAAUUUCGAAAGCGAACUGAAUUAUAUAGAGAAAGCAGCCUUAGUUUCUCUCGAAAACAUCGGUACGGAUGUUCAUGAGUUAGAAAAAGGUAUGGAGGCGGUGAGAAAAGAGGCAGAGAUCCGAGGCAGGGGCAGCCAGUCCCUGGUCGUCAGGGAUUUCCUGGCCAACGCCGAGGAGAAGCUGAAGAAGUUGCGUAUCGAGGCGAAACUCGCACAAGAUGCAUUCAGAGAGUGCGUCGAGUACUUCGCCGAGUCACCAAGAACCACCGACGCGAACGCCUUCUUCUCGUUGUUGGUGCGGUUUUGUAAAGCAUUUAAAACCGCAGAUCAGGAGAACGAACAAAGGAGGAGGCUGGAGAUCGCCGCCCAAAAUGCCAACAACAAGAACAACGAAGACGUGGCGAAAAAAAACAAGAUCAAUCAGAAGAAACAGCAGGACGCUGUGAUAAAUGAGCUAAAACAUAAGACGAGAUUGGUCCAAGAAAAGAAACUGCUACAGCAGGACGAAGUGUACAAUGGUGCUCUCGAAGACAUAUUGUUGGGAUUGAAGAGCGAGCCGUACCGCAGGGCGGAUGCAGUCCGGAGGAGCCAAAGAAGGAAAAUUGAUAAUAACAGGUUAUCAAAAACGAUGGAGGAAUUUGAAGUUUGAUAAAUGUCCAACGCAAUAAUGCCAAUUCCACGUUAGUUACUCUUUUUGUAUUUUUUUAGAUGGUACUUUCGAAAUUUGUGAUAAAAAAAUUACGCUAAAAUGUACAAGCAAAACUAUUGUGACUGUCCUGUGUAUAAGACUGCAGUUUUAAUUUGUAUAUAAAUUAGUGCCUUAUUACACAUUAAAAGAAUUAUAUAUUUCCAUUAUGAUAAACAUUUUAAAUGUUAAUUUAUUGUUUUCACUUUAGGUUUAUUUACUGAAAUGUUGUAUUUAUUUAUAACCCCUUUAUUAAUUGUGUUUGAGAGUUAAAAAUAUGUAGAUAGUUUUAUUUUGUAUAAAUUUUAUUUUCUUUUUGUAUAUUUGAUACUUGUUAACAUAAUACUCUCGUUUUAAUGUUACAUGUAUAACCAAAUGUGAUUUUAUACUCGUUUAUAUCAAAUAAGUUUGUAAAUAGUAAUUAUUACAAUGUAUUAUAUGAAAAUAUGAAGUAAUGAAACUUAUGCACAAUUGGCCUUCAUUAAGCACUUAAAUAAUGUUCUCCAUGACAGAAAGGCAAAUUAUAAAAAAAAUUUAUAUCACUAUACCAAAUUACUGUUUUUAUAAAUUUGUACUUUACAUGAAGAUUUUUCAGGCAUAUUAUUAACAAAAUCAAUAAAUGAAGUGCUAAAUUAAA